AUUCUGCAGGGACAGGAAGGCUUCCCCUCAGCUCUAAAAUCACACUUUGAACAUUCAGUUAAUAAACAAGUCUCAGCACCACCUGUGCACCAGGCUCUGAAUGCAACCGGCUCCCUGCUUUCCCGAAGCAAAAAGGCAGGCGGCCGCAUCCCCGCCUAAGGAUCUGCCAGCCACGCUGGGCUGGAGAGUGAUGACGCCCGCAGUGCCAUUCUGGGAGAAUCCCACUCAAUUCUACCACCAUCUGCCCUCCACCAGCCCCGCCCCAUGGCAUGAGAGCUGGCCAGCAGCCCCGAGAGAGAACGGGAAGUCUGGACACAGCCCUCCCACUCCUGCAGGGCCUGCCAUGUCCACUGAGGGAGGCUCCCCGCCCCUUCCCACCCGUCUCUAAGAUUGGGGAAGCCCUCCUGAGCCCCCUCCCCAGCUGGGCCAGGGUCCCUGUGAGAGUCACAUGGGCAAAAGCCUCUGGGGUGCCGUGGUUGGCCAUCGGGAGUGGGUGAGGCCGGGGUGCCUGCCACCUCUCCUGGGCAGACCGGCCGCUCCAGUUCCUGCGUUUCUCGUCUGUGGCCCGCUGUCCCUCCCUAGGAGGAGGAUUUCACCCCAGGACGUGGGGUGGGUAGGCAGGCUUCCUGCUCCCUUUGCUCGGAUUUUCAGAAAAGGAGGGGGUUCCCAUCCUGUGGCAAGGCUGCCACUGGAGCUCUGUCCUCAGACCGACACAGCCUCGGUCCCGCCGCUUGUCCCAGCUCUGACGUGAGCCCCUUGGGCGGGUUGGCAGCAGGCUCAGAAGAAGCUCCGUAGAAGGUGCGAGAGACAUGGCCGAGCAGCUGUCCAAAGAGCAGGUGGCCGAGUUCAUGGAGGCCUUCGACAGGUUCGACAAGGACAAAGACGGUGCCAUCCACAUCCAGGAGCUGGGCGCCGUGAUGCAGGAGCUGGGCCUGAACCCGUCGGAGGCCGCGCUGAAGGUGUCCGUCGCCAGGGUGGAUGAGGACGGCGAUGGUGUCAUCAGCUCCCAGGAGUUCCUGGCAGUGAUAGCCAAGGGGGUUCAGGCCCGGGCCAGAGCGGAUGACCUGAGGACAGCCUUCCACGCCUUCGACCUGGACGGCAACGGCCUCAUCAACGUGGAUGAGCUCAAGCAGGCCAUGACCCAGCUGGAGGAGGUGUCCCAGGAGGAGGUGUCCCAGGAGGAGCUGGCCAUCCUGAUCCGGGAGGCUGACGUGGACCGGGACGGGCGGGUGAACUACGAGGAGUUCGUGCGCGUCCUCACCCAGAAGUGAGGCCUCCCGACCGCCGCCGCCUCCUGCCCGACGGCGGGCCUGCUGCGUGGUCGGGCCUGGCUUCCGAGGUGGGGGCGCCAAGGGACAGUCUAGGUGGUGGGUGGGAGGCGCCUCCCCAUGGGGACGCCUGGCCUCUCCCGGGCCUGGGGUCUGCUCUCUGCCCGGCAAGACCUCGUGUGCUUGUGCGAUAGGGGUGCUCCCUACCUCGCAGGGCUGUUGGGAGGAGCCCCAAAGUGACGUGGUGAUCAGAAUAAAAGGGAUCUGAGCUCCGAAGUGGUGACACUGUGCUUGAACGGGGGGCGUCCAAGGGCCCCAGACGGUGGGGUUCCGUGGGGGACACGGCCGGUAGACCCCCCUCCAUGCCCGUGGAUGAGAAGGCUGGCGAGCGCCACGGGGUGGGAGGGGGACGGAGGGGACCCGAGGGUCUGCCUGAGCUUCUGGUCAGGACCUGAGGCCGGAGCCGGGACCAAGGGCUGGGACAUACCUGCACCACAAACGAAGUUUACCAUCCUUUGCAUGUAGCCAACUGUUCUUCAGGCUCGAAAGAAAAACGUGCGCGUGCAUGUGUGUGUGUGAGCGUGUGCACGCAGGCGUGUGCACGUCCUGCCUUUGAGACAUGGGAUCUUCUAGAGUAAAGGUGGCGGCCCCGGAGGACCGGCCGUGCCCCCGCUGAAGGAGGUCAGGACAGUCGGGAAUGGGAAGGACCAGAGGUGCUGUGAUGGGUGAAGGGCGGGGGAGCUGCACUUUGGGGGGCAUUUCCCAGUCAGAUCUGAGGACACGGCUCAGGGAGGAAGGGCCCCCCCCCAGACCCCUUGGCUGCAGCCUCUCAGGGCCUUUCUGUGGUGGGGGGCUCUGAAGUGGCUCCCAGGCUGGGGAGCGCCCAUGGAGGAGCUGGGGGGAGUCCAGAACAUGGAGAUGGGAGACGAGGGUCUGCCUGCAGCACCCACCCCCCCAUGUCAAGUGGAGGUGCCAUUUGAACUUGGGUUUCUGUGCUGUUGCUGUGUGUUUUUUAAAAACUAUCUUAGCCAGGAAAUUCCCUGGCAGUCCAGUGGUUAGGACUCUGCGCUUUCACUGCCCAGGGUGUGGGUUUGAUAGCUGGUCGGGGAACUAAGAUCCUUCAAGCCCUGCAGCACGGCCAAAAGAAAAACAACAACAACAAAACACAAACCAAAAAAAAACAGCAACAAAAACUAUCCUAGCCAGAGCCAAGGCAAAGCUUCUCAGCGCAGGGUGGGGAGAGGCAGAGCCCACUUACCUGAGGGGUUAUUGCAAAAUACCUGCCCA